CUCUUGUGUGAAUAUCACUGGUGUGUAUUAGCAAGGAGAGUGAGAGAAGCACCUGAAAUGGUGUAUGAAUGCACCUGUUCGUCGAGCUUGUCCAUACCAUACACACACUACAUAAAUUAGAUCGCAAUUUAACAGCAGACGGCAUACGUUAAUAACGUUACCAUAGCGCACAAAUUCUUCGUCAGAAGACUUUGAAACGAAACAUCCGGGAAGAAAAAUCCGAGCAACAUGACAAUGACGUGAAAAAGGAGACUAGAUCCCCAUGCAAAACAAACCGUGGGAAUUAAGUUUGCUUUUUUCCAUUUUGACCUUGCUGGAUAAGGAAAAGAUCGUGGACCUUCAAUCGCUUUGGAAGGAGGGGAUCGAUAGGAGUUGGUGCUCAAGGCUGUGCUUUAUCCAGCUGAUUUAACUGUGAGUCUGUGGAUCACGAGGCCGACGCACCCGGCUAAUCUAGCCGAUUUACCACCGUUAUUGGUUUCGUGGUUAUGCUGUUUGACCUUGCCGGUUGCCAAGGGCGUGUAUUAUUGGACUACACCAUUUCGUAUACAUUCUGGAAUAUUCAGCAAUGCCAAAGCAGAAAUCUUCCAAAGGGUGAAUAGGAGAGAGAGAGAGAGCCAUGCAGAAAGCAAUCCGUCUCGAUGACUCUCAGCUUCUGAUGCUAGCUGGUCGUGCUAAGACUGACUUCACCAUCGCAGGCAAUCUACAGAAGAAGAGUUCUGAUACAGGCAAGUGGAAACAGCGCUGGUGUGCUCUCUAUGAAAACCUGCUCUUCUACUUUGAGAAUGAGACGACCAGUCGACCCUUGGGGCUCAUCUUUGUGGAGGGGUGCUACUCGGAACAUAUUGUGACCCCAAGAAGCAGUGUCAAAGAUGAGAAACAGUUCUGGUACUUUUCUAUUCACUACCGUCAUGAUAGUCAGAGGCAGUAUGAUCUACGCUGUGAUACAGAGGGUGAAGUCAAUGCAUGGGUUGAUGCUAUCAAACACUGCAACUUCAAUGCCAUUCUGCUCCAAAAGGAGGAACUGGAGCAGAAGUAUCUUCAUCUUCUACAGAUCCAUGAUAGUGAGAAGAUAGCAAAGUUUGGUCUUCGUCAGCAAUGCCAGGAACUCACAGCAGAAGUGGCCAAACUCAAAACAGAACUAAACCUGUUGCAAAGGAGAGAAAGGAAGAUGUCUGGUUCAAUAAAAGGAGCUCCGGAAGAUGAUGAGGCUGAGGAUAUCAAAAAGAUCAAGAGAGUGCAAAGCUUCAUACGAGGCUGGCUGUGCCGACGCCGCUGGAAGGCCAUCGUUCAGGACUACAUUAGAUCUCCACAUGCAGAGAGCAUGCGCAAGCGCAACAGUAUUGUCUUCGGUAUGAUAGAAGGUGAACGAGAGUAUGUUGAGCAACUUUCCACGCUUGUCUCGUGCUUUCUGCGCCCUCUCAAGAUGGCUGCCAGUGCCAAGAAACCACUCAUUUCCCAUGAGGACGUCAACUCAAUCUUUCUCAACAGUGAAACAAUAUUCUUCUUGCAUCAAAUCUUCUACAAGGGACUAAGCGCCAGGAUGGAACACUGGCCCAAAUUGGUCCUUGGUGAUUUGUUUGAUAUGCUGCUUCCUAUGCUGAGUAUCUACAAUGAGUAUGUGAGGAAUCAUCAUUACAGUCUACAGGUGUUAGCUGAAUGCAAGCAGAAUCCUGCCUUUAAUAUGCUACUCAAACAAUAUGAGACUAAACCAGUUUGUGAAUCAAGGUCUCUGGAGACAUUCCUGACCUACCCUAUGCAUCAGGUGCCCAGGUACAUUAUCUCACUACAUGAGCUGCUAGCACACACACCUCAUGACCAUGUGGAGAGGAAGAGCUUGGAGUAUGCCAAACUUAAACUGGAAGAGUUAUCUAGGGUAAUGCAUGAUGAGGUAUCUGAGACAGAGAGCAUCCGACGGAACCUGUCGAUUGAGAGGAUGAUAGUAGAAGGAUGUGAUCUUCUUCUUGAUGUCCAGCAGAUGUUUGUUAGACAAGGUAACUUAAUCCAGGUAACCCAUGAGAGAUCAAGACAGAGUAGAAGCAGAUUGGGGUCCCUAGGAGGCAAGGUGGAGAGUCGGAAAGAGGGUGUCAGGCAGUGUUUCCUCUUCACUAAACAUCUACUUAUUACCUCUAGGACAUCAGGUGGAAAGCUACAUCUGGCCAAGGUUGGAGGCAAGAUUCCUCUGAUUGAUUCAACUAUUGUUGAAGACUUUGAUCCCUUUGAUGAUGAUGGUGUACCAUCACCCUCUAAUCAGAGUAGUGAUCAUGAUAACCUAGACUUCAAGCUCAUAGUUGACUCAAAGAGUGGACCACCCCUCGUCAUCACAUUGGUAGCAUCUACACCACAGGAGAAAGCUGCUUGGACUAGUGAUAUCAGUCAGUGCAUUGACAACUUACAUUACAAUGGUCUGCUCGACAGCUCAUUAGAGGAUAGUGGAUCUUCAGUUCAUCUCCCUCAGUGUAUCAAAUCGGACACUCGUCUCUUCAAGGAUGACCAUGACAUUCGGUUCAGUAAGAUUCUCAACUCCUGCAAGGUACCUCAGAUCCGUUAUGCCAGCCUAGAGAGACUUCUGGAGCGGUUGACAGACCUUCGCUUCCUCAGUAUAGACUUUCUCAAUACCUUCUUACUAACAUUCAGGGUAUUCACAGACUGGGAGACCAUAGUCUCUACACUGGAGAGGGUCUACAGGAAUCCAGAUACAGUGGAGGGUCAGUUGAAUGUACAUCCACAUCCUCCUCCAUCCCCUAGUCACCAUGGUGACCCACAUCACUCCCAUGGUAAUCAGUAUGAGAACAGCCCUCCUCCGGCUAGUCCUUCCAGAGGAUUCAUCAAUCGUCGACCCAGUACCAGCAACCACCCUGGAGCAGGAGCUAACAUCAAGGUGACAAUGACCAAACCAUAUCAUGAGGAGAUGGAGACUGAUGGAGGAAGUAGUGGUGGUAGUGGAGGGAGAGUCUUUGAGGCUAAUACAACUCUCAGAGCACAUCCAUUCAGGAGAAGCUUCAAGAAAGUGGCUGAUGACACUCAAAGCAAGACGGAUAGUUCAGUGGUAAUGAGCAUAGCAGAUCCUCAUGUCUCUCCUCCGGACUCUCCGCCUUAUUUUCAUACCCUUACACCUCCUGCUAGCCCUAAUCAGCUAGAGACCCUUCGUCUACAUCCUAAGAGAAUGCUAUCUAUGAGUCAUUCAGCUCCAAACAUUGCUGCUCUAGUCAAGGCAGCUAAACCAGAUCCCAUCCCCAUUCCUCCAACAUCACCCCACCGAUCACCUGCUGGCAAUAACUUCUUCCAGUUUAGCAGUUCUCCCCCUAACACCACUGUCUCAGCCGGUGUAGUGGUCACCUCCUCCCGUAUGUCUACCCGCAGGUCAAGCUGCUCUUCCGCUGCAGUGGCGUUUGCCGCUGCAACGGCCGGCGCCACCAAUGCAAAGGAAUUUGGUGGGCCCAACAACAUGCUGAGUCGGAAGAGGGCAAAGAAAAGCUACGGACGUAAGCUGGGAAUAUUUCUUUACGAUAUGGAAUUUACAUUUGAUGAAACAAGGUCAAACAGUGGUAAGCUUCAGAGUUGCUUGAGUAAAGAAGUCAUCAGUUCAGCUGCUACCGUCAGAGUUAUCAAUGUCAUCAGACAUUGGGUCUCUAAGUUCUCUAAGAAUUUUGAAAUCAAUGAAGGCCUACGCAAUCGGGUUUUAGAAUUCUUGGAAGAAGUAGCAACCAAUCCCAACCUUCUCCCAUCAGAACACAGAGCAGCUAGCACCAUUCAGAGGCAAAUUAUGCAGGAUCAUGCAAACAUCAGUUUACAUGGUGAAGCAGAGUUCGCCUCCUUGGUUCCUGAACAGCCGUUGCCUGAGGACACCUUUGACAGGAUGUCAGCAUUGGAGCUGGCAGAACAACUCAGCUACCUAGAACAUAAACUACUCAGGGCUAUCCCAUAUUGGGAAUUUCUUAAUCAGGCUUGGAUGAAGCAGGGUAAAGCAACGAGGGCGCCAAAUAUCCUUGCAGUCACUAGGAGAUUCAAUGAGGUUAGCAAGUUGGUAUCAUCUGAAAUCUUACGUCAGAAGUCUGUAGCAGCCAGAGCGUUAGCCAUAGAGAGAUGGGCUGGUGUUGCUGAUAUCUGCAGGUGUAUGCAUAACUUCAACAGUGUACUAGAGAUCACUUCAGCCCUCAUGAACAGCUCAGUCUACAGACUCAAGAAAGUCUGGGAAAAGGUUCCUAAGCAAACGAAGACUCUUCUAGACAAACUUCAGGUGUUAGUAUCUUCAGAUGGCAGGUUCAAGAACAUGAGAGAUGCCUUACAUAGAAUUGAUCCUCCUUGUGUGCCCUACCUUGGUUUCUACCUGACUGACCUCGCCUUCAUAGAGGAUGGCACUCCAAACAUCACUGAUGAUAGACUGAUCAACUUCUCCAAGAUGAGAAUGAUUGCUCAUGUGGUUCGAGAAAUCAGGCAUUUCCAGCAUACCAACUACAACAUAGAACCAGACAAAAGGGUGAUAAGCUACCUCUUGGACACGUCUUUGAUCAUGGAUGAUGACGAGAUGUAUGCCUUGUCUCUGGAACUUGAACCACGACAGUCUACAAGGAUGGCUAAAAGCAUAUGAACCACGACAGUCUACAACGAUGGCUAAAAGCAUAUGAGAGCUCACCUUCAACAACAUCCAAAUCAAUUGACUGUGAUCAAGAGAAUAGAUCUAGAUCCAAAUCAAUUGACUGUGAGAGCAUAGAUCAAGAUCCAAACUAGAACUGCGAUCGUGUCAGAACGAUGUGAGAGAAUAGAUUUAUAUCCAAAUCAAUUGACUGUGGGAGAAUAGAUCUAGAUCCAAAUCAAUUGACUGUGAGAGAAUAGAUCUAGAUCCAAAUCAAUUGACUGUGAGAGAAUAGAUUUAGAUCCAAAUCAAUUGACUGUGAGAGAAUAGAUUUAGAUCCAAAUCACUUCACUGUGAGAGAAUAGAUUUAGAUCCAAGUCAAUUGAUUGUGAGAGAAUAGAUUUAGAUCCAAAUCAAUUGACUAUGGGAGAAUAGAUCUAGAUCCAAAUCAAUUGACUGUGGGAGAAUAGAUCUAGAUCCAAAUCAAUUGACUGUGAGAGAAUGGAUUUAGAUCCAAAUCAAUUGACUGUGAGAGAAUAGAUCUAGAUCCAAAUCAAUUGACUGUGAGAGAAUAGAUCUUGAUCCAAAUCAAUUGACUGUGAGAGAAUAGAUCUACAUCCAAACUAGAACUGCAAUCGUGUCAGAACGCUGUGAGAGAAUAGAUUUAGAUCCAAAUCAAUUGACUGUGGAAGAAUGGAUUUAGCUGCAUUGAUGGUACAUGCAGAGAAAGAAAGGAGCAUAAAGUCAGAGGUUUACAUGUAGGGUGGAACAGGGUGGAACAGCAUUGUAUACAAUAGUUUGGAAUCUCAGAGGAAUUCACUAGCUAACACCAGUUAUAUUGUGAGGUUUGACUGCAGGGAAGAAAAUGUUGAGAUAGAUUUGUGUACAGUCGCUGAAUUUAAAGAGGAAUUAGCUUGCAGAAAAUUCUGUGUACAGUUUAGCAAGGGUGAGAAAUACUGAGGUAGAUCGAGUUGCAACAAUGGUUGAAUUUUCAUUAAAACAUUCACCCAAACUGUCUGGGGGGAGGAAAGAGGUGUAGUGUUGGAUUCAGACUUAAGCAAUUAGGAUAAGGGGGUAGUGAUUUCACUAAUUAAACAUUCUAAUAACCAAUCCUGAACUAAUAAAAGAUUUGCAGAACAAGGAUAAUAAGGAUCAAUUUGGAAGCUGAAGAGUAACAUUACGUUUCGUCAUUGUUUAGGUCCAUUUUUACAAACGAGUGCUUUAGAUUCCCAUGUGGAGCCAGUGGAUGGAUUGAUUGGCGUAUUACUAAGAUAGUAAUGAAACCUAAAAUUGGAAAAUCAUGCAAGAGCGAAAUGAUGGUUCAAUAAAUACUGCAAACUCUUUGGACAGUAUAUUUCAAAAAAUUAAAUAAUUGCAUCAUGAUUGCAAGAUAAUUAUAUUUAUCUUAAAUAUACCACUUAGAUGAGAAAAGCUGUAUGAAUUAAAUGAAAAUAUCUACUGUAUUAUUAUUGUUUACAGCCUUCUUUGCACAAAAUCAUGUGAUCAUUAUUCAAAUAUAGUGAUGAUCAAACAAUGCAUUAAAAACAAUUAUGAAAGAGAAGUUUCAGCACUUAACAUUAUGUUUGAAAAAAUAUAUAUUUGUAAUAUGAUAAAAUUAUGAAAGCUAUAUUUGCAUGUCUGUAUACCCUGCUGUUAAUGAGAUGCAAGAAAUGUGAAUUACAAAUUACAUUAAACAAAUUUCAUUCUUUCAAAAACAUAAAGCCGUUUUACAAAUGAUUACUUGAUCAAUUAAGCCUUUAUUUAUAUGUCAGCUUUUUUCAUGUGGUAUUAAUAAUAAUGAUAAUGAUAAACUGAAAUAAAAUCAAGUGACUUCUAUUUGAAUGUCAGGCUGAAAUGUAGGAGGAGUAAAAAAGACAAUAGGCCUAUUGUUACACCUGCUUUGGUUUAAUAUAACUCUUAUUGUAUGGUGUUGUCUAAUCUCAACAACACAACUUCUCAGUACAAGUAUCUACAGUUAUUUCUUUCAAAAUCUAUAGUCAUAGUUGGAUCAUGAGAUGUGAGGUUACCAAUGUUUUGCUUGGUCCGCUUACAUAUAUCUAAAAGGAUAACCUUGGUAAGGCAUUAAUCCUCAUUACCAGGUCCUUCGGAGAGGACCUUAAGACGUCGGUCUUCUGGUUGCUUUACUAACAAGCAUCUAUUGCUUUCUUAGCUGUCAGGUAAAAUAACCACCACCACUAUCAUUCAUCAACCUAUAAAUGUUCAGUCCAAUUAAGAGAUGAUACUGCAAGAAAUGUCCAUAUUUCAUUUGCCAUUACGUGAAGUAGGAGCUCAUCAAAAAGUUAUACAUGUAUGAUAGGAAAUGUACAAGCAUUGUGUGCUAACUAUCUUUUAAAGCUCUUCUCUAAAAAAACAAAAAAAAGUACUUAUCUACUGGUAAAUAAUUUGCAGUCAGUAUUCUUCUGUCAGUAUUUGAUUUUGAUACCUUUAGAUAUUAUGUGUAAUUAGAGUUACUCUCAUUUUCAUGCUGUCUGUUUUUUUUUUUUUUUUUAUAAGUUGUGAGAAUAAUUCAUUUGAUACUUAUUUCCUUUUCUUCCUGGAACAUGAAAAAUUAUGUAUACCAACUUUCCUGAGAUUACAAAGACGGUUUAAAUGUAAACUGUUUUCUAAACAACUGAUUUAUAUUCAAUUCAAUUCAAUUCAAAUGAACAUAUGGGCAGCUAAAUUGAUGAAAAUUGGUUUUAAAAAUUAAAUAAUUGUCACUAUAGAGCUGAAACAGAGGACAUCACUUUUUUGUGUAUUUUCUUGUUUGCUUAGCAAGUACAUUUCCAAAUAUAAGAAGAAAUCCCCCUUUUUUUCUUUCUUUUGGUCCUGUACAGCUAGGUCCCAUAGUAAAUUAUUAGUUUAGAUCAUGGUGUAGCUUUGAACUACCUUUGUUGAUAUAGGUUCUGUAUAUAGAGGAGUUGAAUUGAAAUAUUAUCUACGGAAUAUUUGUUCCUUUGCCAUUCACCUUCCAUUGCUCAAUUAUACCUCCACGUCUCCUAAACAUUUCAGUUAUUUGUUUAUCAUUCUUCUUCCACUUUAGAUGUUUUUUAUGUUUUCUGUUCAAUGUUCUUUAAGUUUUAUUUUCGUUUAUUGAUCAAAUUUUGCCUUCACCUUACAAAGUUGGUAAUGCAAAGAUCAAUUGUCAAUCUGUAUUAACACUCAAGCAAAAUAAUGUAAAUAAUGUAUAGAGGUGUUCAUCAUGCCAGAGUAAUGGAAUAAUUGAAAACUUAGUGCAGAUUGCUGAAAUGUGUUUAAUUUCAUUGGUUUAUAAUUUAAUCAAAUAAAUCUAUAUGCAAGUUUCAUAAUAAUCUUUUGUAGAUACAUGUAGAUACAUGUGUUAUAUUGAAGAAGACCAUCACAGUUACACUGCAUUUAAAGACUUAAAUACAUUUUUAAUCUAUAUUUGUUGUUAUUUUUGUUUGUCUUUAAAGGUGAACACUAGCUUACCAACAUGAUAAAAAUAACUUGUGUUUGUGACUUUUAAUUUCAUUCAAAGUUGAUCCAGCUUUACAUGUAAACAUCCAUUUAAUGAUUUUAUCUUACCUAGUUCGUAAUUAUUAAAAAAAUCUUCUGUUUCUCAUCACUUUGUAUCAUGUUGAAUUCAGAGUUCUUAAUUAGAAACCCAAUACCUCUUUCUCAAAUUGGUCUGAAUUACUCCAUCACCAAUUACAUCUUUUUAUAGCAAUUUUCUGUACAGCAUUACACUAUGUGUGAGAUAGUUCUACCCUCUCUGUACAGCAUUACACUAUGUGUGAGAUAGUUCUACCCUCUCAGGCAAUUUACUUCUUAUUGUUUUACAUGUCUGUUUUUUUCUUGCUGGAGAGGGGGAUAAGCAUCGUAAAUUUGAUUAGUCAUUUAUCCAUGUUAUGAUUCUUGUGAGUACAUUUUUAUUUAAUUGUAUCAUGAAAUUUGUCUUAAUCUAACACAGUGUAUUGCAUUAGACAUCCCUACAUGUGUUCAUGUAUAUUGUGUAAAGAUACUAUUUUAUCCAAGAUUUUACUUUACAUUUGUAAUUUACUUACACAUGUUUUAUUGCAAUGAGGGUCAUCAAAUGUGUGCCUACCAAAAAGAAAAGGAAAUCUACUGAAUGAAAUAUAUAUAUGAAUAUAAUUAUAUAUAUACAAAUAUAUAAAUACAAAACCUGUUAUUUGAAAACGACCUUUGACAUUUCUUAUACUACGAGGUGUGCUGCACUUAAUUGUGAUGCAUUAUAUAUUUGAAAGAAUGUUUUAAAGAAUUUCAUAUUAUGUUAGAUGUUUGAUGAAAUUCACAAUAUUUAUAAUUAAGUUCAUUUACAAGUGCAAUCUUUGUGUAUAUUGUACCUAUUUCAAGAAGAAUAUAAAAGAUAAUGAUGUAUUUAAUUUGUAUGUUGUAGGUUUAUAAUCAAUUAUGUACAAAUUGUUUGAAGUCUCAGUGCUACAUGUACAGGAUAGUAGAGUAGCAAUCAAUAUAUGUACACAAUAAAUGUAAGUAGCCAUUUUUUUACUCAGAUUUGUGUGCUUAUAUUUAGCUUUUUAUCAUAGGAGGCUGAAAUUAGAACCGUUUGCAUGUUCCAUCUAAGCUUCGUAAGAUACAUUUACAAAUCCUACCUUAUGUACAGAAAGUAAAAAUGUAACAAAUAUUUGAUCAAAUAAUCAAAAUAACUGAAAAAUCAUAAUGUGGAUUCAAUUUUGUUUUGUGCAUACAUGGGUUUCAAUUUUUAAAUUAAUACAAUGUUAAGGCAAUUGUGCUGUUGACUUGUAUGUGCCAUCGAACAUUUGUAUAAAGUCUUGAUAGAUAAAGUGCUUGGCAGGCAGAACUUCAAAUCACAGUUUUGUAAAUGAGAGUGGUGUUUGUUAUAAUCAUUUUUUAUGUACAGACCUGGAACAUGUGAAAGGUUGAUAACAAAGUUUUGUCAUUCAUAAGAAAAUUAAGGACUUUUGAACAUUCCUUUCUCAUUCCAUUCCAAUGUGUAUUGCAUGCAUUUUGUUCAACAUGUUUAUGAUAAUUUUUACGAAAAAUUUAGAUUAUGAACAAGAACUCUAUCUCUGUAUAUAUUGUUUUUAUGAUAUCACAUGGAUGUGUAAGGUCUGAUUAUAUCUAGUUCUUGGUCAAGGUUAGUAUUUAUUUAUGGUAAAGUAAGAUUGACAAAUAUUUAAUUGAUUGACGCUGCACUGCUAUUGUAUCAAAAUAAAUGAGGCAUGGUCUUUCUUUAAAUCUUGUUGCUCUUCAA